AUGGAUCCAUCAGUGCAAAAUGCGGUCCAGGCAAAGAUAGCAGCAGACGCAGCCGCGGCCGAAGCCGCACCCGCGUAUGACGGCGCCGCACCCAACGCCGCUGCACCCAACGCCGCCGCCGCAGACGCUGCCGCCGCUGUAAACGCUGCCGCAGCCGCUGUCGCAGCCGCCGACGCAGCCGCAGCUGCAGCCGCUCCCCCGGCAGCCGUGCACAACGGCGGCGACGCCCCCCCGGCAAACAACGGACCAGAGGAGGGUGCCGGCGCGAACCCACUCGGCGGUAUCCAGGCCAUGCUCACCCAGUUCAUGAACGCUCACCAAGCUCAAAUGGCGGCCUUACACCAACAGGUGGCGCAGCAGGGACAGAUCCUGCAGCAGCAGCAGCAGCAGCAGCAGCAGCAGCAGCUGCAGCAGCAGCCACAACAGCAGCAGCAGCCACAGCAGCAGCAGCAACAACCCGCCGGCGGCUUUCUUCCUCCCGUCAACGCACCGGUGGUGGCCGCUAGCGCCGCGCCGCCCGCCCCGGCGACCGCGGGGUCGAAGAUGACGGAGAAGAUGAGGGCUGAGGACUGGAAAGCGACGGGCCCCCUGUGGCUCCUCGCGCGGGGCGGAUUCGACACUCGCGCCCCGGUCGACGUGCCCUUCGUUAAAAUGGUCGCCGGCGAAUACUCACACAUCACAGAGCAGGGAGGGAAACAGAUGUGUAGCCUGACGGACAUAAAAAUCGAGCACUGUUUCCCGCCCAAGUCCGCCAACGCCGCCCUCGCUGCCAUGCCCGUAACGGUCCACUUCGACACCUUCAUCACCGUGCUGUUCAAAACGAUCGAGUACGGCAUGGACACGGCCGAGGAGAAUGCCAAGCUUCGCGUCGCGGCCUGGAGGGCGGAGUUCGCAUCGAUUACAAGGAAGCUGGCUACGUACCUCACCCUCCACUACACAGGCCUGCAGCCCCAUGAAAACCGGGUCCGCAACGUCCUCCUGGAUGCCAUCAACCGCGGCUUGGAAGACGGUUUCCGCAUUUUACACAAGAUGGCAUACGACCUACGCUGGACGCACCAGGACGGCCCCCCCACCGCGGACGCCACGGAUGCCGUCCCAUUUCCGCGAUUCAAGCUCCUGAAGACCUUGCUCGAGGAAGAUCACACCCAGAGUCUCGCGGAAAAGGCAGCCCAAUGGCCUCUCCCCACCGUGGCCGCCGCCCUCGCCCCCGCCACGAGUGCAAAGCGGAAGAGCGGAACGGCCGGGGCCAAGACAGCGACAACCAAGCGGCAGCGGACCACGACCACGACCCCGACGUGCCCCCCCGGUUUUUGCAAGGGAUGGUGGUUCAGCCGCCAGUGCCGUAUCCCAGACUGCCAACUCCACCACGUACACGCCGGUCCCGCCUCCGCCACCUCCGCCGCUUCCCCACCCCCGCAGGUCCCGCCACCCCCGCAGGCCCCGCCGCAGCAGGCGGCGGCGCCGCAGCCGCUACCAUCGCAGCAGCAGCAGCAGCAGCAGCUCCGCCAGCCCAGCGUGGGCAACUUCAGCAUGACGGUCCACGGCGGCAGGGGCGGUGGAGGAGGGAACCAGGGGCGCGGCGCCGGAGGGAGGGGCGGCGGGGGGAGGGGAGGUGCGGGAGGGGAGUCAGGACACGCUGGUACCUGGUUCGCCGACGUCGCCAGGUCCGUGGGGCCUCGGGACGCGCCCACGCCGGGGUCGGUUUCGCCGGCCCUGUUUCACGGUGAGCAACUCAAGUUGAGCAAUAGCGGUCGCGCAGCAAGGUAUAGGUGGACCAACCACACGAACCCGUCUGGUAGCUCCACAAACCUCGACGUAGCCGAAUCUCGCCCACCUGUACGAUCGGAUAGUAGGUUGUCCCCACACUCCAGGGCCAGAACCCUCGAAAUGUCGGCACAACCACCGUUUCCUACACGAAUUGACGAGAUGCCGCCACGAACACGCGAAGCAGACCAACGAGUAUCACCUCUUACCACAAAGAUAGACACGUCAUGUCACCUGUCUCCCACACAAGCCGCAGACGUAGCUGUGUCGGACACAGGGAGACUUUCGUCUCUCCCACAACGCGUAGAAGUCGGCGUUUCGGACACGGGGCUCGCCUCGCCUCUCACACGCCCCCCGGGGUAUUCCGUGUCAGACGCGCGGCAGCCAACGUCUCCAACGCCGCUCGCAGCCUUGAAGGAGUCAGCGGCGACCCAUCGCCCGUCGCGCACACAGCCCCACGAGGCACGUGUACCAGACGAGGCACGAUCGACGUUUCUCACUUCGGUCACCGCGCCUGGCGCGUCAGACACGACCUGUCCUCGAAGUCCCACCCUGCCAGAAAUGGUCCAAGGGUCGGCACUACGACGACAACCGUCUCUCACGCACCACGCAAACUUUACCCCCACGCAGCAGCUCCAGCGCAAUAUACAACCUCCUGUAGGACUGCGCUCGACCUACACCACGGAACAACGAGUCUUGCGUCAUCGUAGCCCUCCCCACGUCGGGUCAUCAUCGAUUCCCAAUGGCCAAGGGCGCAGUGAAACACAGCGAAAACACGUGGCGAGGUGGCACGAGGACAGAGCAACACUCGGAAAAACAAACCUUGAACAACCAGAGAGAGAACAAAUUCUGUAUCAACUAGCAGAGGUUUGCACACAAAUGAUGCGAGACAACCGUGGUUCGGUAGGGAAGGUAGCACGGUCGCUCGGCGGAACCCUGGUCACACCACCGGUAGACCCGAACCACGUCAGACAAUAUUUUGGGGACCUAAAAGGUUUUCCACAGAUCGAAGAACUGAUGACAAUCGUUACUGGAGGGGUACCAGUGAGUGCCCCCCCGUCUAAAGCGGACCUUGCAAGCGCACUGAACUACGGAAACCACCGGUCGGCUGACGAGCACCUACCACUCAUUUGGAAGAAACUCGCAGAGGAUGUACGAAGAGAGAGAUGUCUCGUUAUUCAAAAAUCGGCGGCGUAUGAAAUCCCAAACCUCCGCGUGUCGCCGCUGGGAGCGGUCGUUACCCACAAGGUUAGGAUAAUCAACGACUUGUCUUUCGACGCUGACAACAAAGGAGUAAAAGGAGGUCUCAACGCUGACACAGACGUCGACAGUGUACCCCCUAGCCUCUGCGCCGAAGCUCUGCCAAAAUUCCUGUCGGAGCUAGUUAGCCUUCGAGCCAAAAACCCGAAGCUCCGCAUCCUCAUGUCAACGACGGACGUCAACGACGCCUAUCGCAACGUUCGAGUAGAACCUGAGCAAGCGCACAACUUCAGCUACGUAGUCGACGACCUCGUCGUCAUCGAUUUCCGCCUGACUUUCGGUUGGACCGGCUCGCCGGGACAUUUCGGAGUUAUGGCGUCCGCGGCUGAACACUCGCACUGUAAUACCAAUCUCGACAGCGUGCAGUUGCUGCCCGAAGGAGUAAACAUGAUGAAGCAUGUAAAAAUCGUUGAACCGUGGGAGGAAGGCGACCCUACGCCCGUGCCGGACGACGCCACAGUUCACGCCACAAAAGGAGGCGAUCGGUCGAGCAAUUUUAUGUCAGUCGUUUACGUAGAUGAUCACGGCCUCCUGAGAACCCAGCAAUCGCCCGACGACUUGUCAGCGCUGACCGUGUCCGCGUCUUUAGCAUCAGACUACGUUCGCUUGUUCGGCCCGGGAGAACCGGGGGAGACUCCUAUACUCGCGCCGAAGAAGAGUUCGAAUUGGGACACGCAGCUUGAAUACUUAGGUUUCGUCAUCGACUCGCACAAGCUAAAAAUCUCUUUGACGACAAAGAAAGCAGAGGCGUUAAAAACAGCCUUAGAAAUCGACUGGCCGCGCCACAAGCGUGAAGCGACAGCGCAAGAAGUGUUUAGCAUAGCCGGGAAGCUGUGGAACCUCACGUACGUGGUUCGGGCCGGAAAGUACUUCGUCUGGAGGUUGUUGAGACUCACAGGACUCCACAGGAAACACACGAGAAACUGUAGCCACGUUGUAGAACUAGGGAGAGAGUUCCACGACGACCUAGAUUUUUUCAGGUGGGCAAUCGAACACGAAUUGCUCACAGCUGGAGAGUCGCUGAACGCCCCGUGCUACGGUGUCGUAAAACGCCAGCCAAAACGACUUUAUCUAUCAGACGCUAGUUUCGACGCCAUUGGCGGCUUCUGUCCAGAAAAAAGGGUGUUUUGGCGAUACGACUUGCCCUUGGACUUCGCAACCGAAUUGAAACAAAAGGCCGCGCGUCGGGAGACCUGUAGCGUCACGAUCAAUCUACUCGAACUCGUGGGCAUGGUAAUGACCGCCUGGGUAAUGCACAGCCUCGUAGGGGAUCGCCCAAAAAACAACAACGACCCUGUCUUGAUGCGAGGUGACAACAUGGCGGCCGUCACAUGGUCAAACCGGUGCGGCGGGGCCAGAGACAAACGCGCGUGUUUGAUGAUGAGAAUGCUAGGACGACUCGAGAUUUCGGGAGAAUGGAGUUACGAGGCAAAACACAUCCCGGGCGUAAAAAACACGCUCGCGGACGGGAUUUCUCGAUGGCCAAGGUCGGAACUAGCCGAUAGGGUCCAAAGAUUCACCAACACAAACGAUUGGCGCGAAAUACCACUCGGUUCACGCGGAGAAAAAGUGUGUUCCUUCGUGCUGCAGAAAAAGAACCUACAACCCCGUCACGAUCGAACGUUAUGGAAUCUCAUGAUGACACCUCACUAAAAUUCAUCGACAAAACACCCCCGUGACCUCCAACGUUAUCCUCGAACCCUCCGCUUACGGACGCUUCAGGAACAGGGCGGGAAGG